CAGCACUGACCCGGCAGACAGUUAACAGAUGUCUUUGGUUUUGUAACUGAAUUCCGAAGUUAUUCGAAAUAAACAUUUAAAUAGCUCAAAAAACAUAAAAAUGAUGCGCUACGAGGGCAACGAAAGACUCGCGGACGAGACGGCUUGUGCGGGUGUCAGGGCUGACCUCAAGAUGUGCCUUCUGGAGAGCGAGUGUUGUCGCAUGGGGAAAACACCGCGUCAGUGCCUCCAGGACAACAACGUUCCGCCGGAGUGUCAAGUGCUACGCAAUACCUUCUACGAGUGCAAGCGCUCCUUGCUGGACAACCGGCAGCGUUUUCGCGGUCGCAAAGGCUACUGAAGUUUAAACUUAAAAUAUAUUUCUAAGCGUUUAAAAUACAAAAAAUUACA